AUGACUGCUGCAUCUGCAACUGCUGUUCCUGCUGCAUCCGCAACUGCUGUUCCUGCUGCAUCUGCAACUGCUAUUUCUGCUGUGUCUGUAACUGCUGUUUCUGCUGCGUCUGCAACUGCUGUUCUCUCCCCCACCUUUUCUGAAGCAUUCUCUGAGAUGCGCGGAUGCAAUUCAUACAACAGGUAG